AUGUACCUUCCCAGCCGGACUUCCCCUCCGACUCCAAGCUUCAAUGAUGAUUCGGCGACACCUUACAAUACAUCCAGACAGACUGGCGUCGAGCUAGCAUUACGACCGACGGCCAGACAUGGCGCAACAUUGAACAGCACGCUGUCUUCGGCCAACAGCAGCAACUCACCCUCCCGUGCAAGCUCGGUCAACCAACGGCAUCCACUCCGGACGCACUCGGCUAUGGGAUACGACAAUGCAAGUUUCUCUGCGUCUCCACAGGCAUACACGUCACCCAUCCCUCGCUCGGCUGUCUCGGAUUACACAUACACGGACCCGAGUAGGAGCCCUGGUCUCAUUCGUCGACUCUCCAAAGGCGCGACCAACAAACUCAGACGUAGAGCGUCCACGCAAGCUGGACUCAGGAAAAGGGAUCAGAGUGCUGGACCUGUUUUGAGCCGACGGCGCAGCGACAGCAACGGUGCCUCGGACUUCGGCGCUCAAGAAAUGUCCGACUUCGAACUGGACAGUACCGUCGAGGAUAUACCUGAAUUGACAGGCUUGCCAUAUCCCAUGUAUUCGCAAGACACUGGCCUCGGUAUCGAUGUGCCUCGAGUAAGCGAUGUCUCAUCACGUUUCGAGGGUGGUGUUGCAGAGACUGAUCCCGCCAUACUGCAAUCUGGCACCAAUCUUCUCAAGCUCAAUAAGAAAAGACGCAAGAAGGUCAAAUACUGGCUUGAUCCGACCGCGGCGAGAGUGUGCUGGUACGGCAAGGCUACCGUCAAGUCAUUUGGCAUCGAUGAUGUGGUCGAAGUCCGCAAAGGCGUCGAUUCGAGGAAUGCGCGCGACGACGUUCAUGUCACCCUCGACGACGAACUACGUCUGGUCACCAUCGUCUAUCUCGAUGACCGAUCGAAGAGUCGUGGAACCAAGACCAUUCAUCUUCUCAUGCCCGACCUCCAUAUCAUGGAUCUGUGGCUCACCGCCGUCAACAAAGCCGUGGCCGACCGUGUUGCAAGUAUGAAAGCACUUUCACUUUCCAGCGAAAAGAGCGACAAGGCUGUCAACUUACUCUGGCGACAGGCGAUGCAAGAGAAAGGCGAAGGCGCCGAACAAGCUUUCACGAUCGAAGACGCCAAAAGAUUCUGUGGGCAUCUGCAUAUCAACUGCAAUAGCCACACUAUCCAGCUUCACUUCAACAAGGCAGAUGCAGAUCGUCGGUCGAAGCUGACAUAUGCACAAUAUCGCAACUUUGUCAAAUCGUUCAAAGAGCGCAAGGACAUUGCGCACAUACACAGCAACCUAAAGCACGGCCUGGACUCUGAUCUGGAGCUUGACGAAUUUCUCCAAUUCCUAAGGAAUGAUCAGGUGAUUGACGUCGAAAAAGACCGUGCGCAAUGGGAAGCUGUUUUUGAGAAGUUCGCCAGACCCGCACAGAAUCGCGUGGCUCUUCCAGAUGCGGAGCCCGACAUCCGCCAGAAGACUAUGAGCGUGCAUGGCCUGCAAAACUUUCUCACCUCAUUUCAUAACCAACCAACUCUCCCGGUCAAUACUGAGGCGACACUGGACAAGCCACUCAAUGAAUACUUCAUCUCAAGCUCGCACAACACAUAUCUGCUGGGCCAUCAGGUGAAGGGUACCUCAAGCGUGGAAGGGUACAUUGAUGCUCUGAUCGGCGGCUGCAGAUGCGUUGAGAUCGAUUGCUGGGAUGGUGAUAAUGGCCGUCCAAUGGUCACGCACGGCAGAACAAUGACUACGAAGAUACCAUUCGAAGACUGUGUGUCCGUUGUGGCGAAGUACGCGUUUCACUCCUCGCCAUACCCGUUGAUUAUCUCACUGGAAGUGCAUUGCGGUGCAGAGCAGCAAAUCGCCAUGGUCGGGCUGAUGUACAAGUACUUUGAGGGUGCCAUGGUGACGGAGCCGAUCUUACCCAACGUCAAUACUCUGCCGUCGCCCGAAGAGCUGAAGGGCAGAAUCUUGAUCAAAGUCAAGGCAGCAGACGAUUCUGAUCAAAGUCAGCUAUUAGCCGAUGCUUCGAAUGGGCGCAGCCGCGCUCGUAGCCUGAGCUCGGCCUUCACACGCUCGCCAUCCGCAGACAAAAUGUUGGGUUCAUCUAUCUUCCUGCCGAGUCCGGGUGCGACCAGUCCCUCGGAUGCAGGCAUUGCUUCAAUAUCGACACCACGCGGCUCGACGACAUCUGGACCCACCAUGACCCCAACGAGCUCCGCCGAGGACAGUGACGAAGGCUCAGUAUCUGUCACCAAGAACGAGUCGCCGAAGACAAGCAAGAUCGUGCCGCGACUGGGUCGCCUUGGCGUGUAUACGCAAGGUAUUAGCUUUCCGAAAGCACUCGGCUUCAGUGAUCCCAAAGCAAAGGCGGCCAAUCACAUCUUUUCGUUCUCGGAAGACACCUUUCAGACUCACUGCAAGAAAGAUGAUGGCUCUCGACAAGCACUGGCGAAGCACAAUGUGCACUACCUGAUGCGCGUAUAUCCUGGCCGUCGAAGGAUAUGGUCCUCAAAUUUCAAUCCAUUGGCUGCAUGGCGCCGUGGCGUGCAAAUGGCUGCGCUGAAUUGGCAGACUUACGAUGUGCAUCAUCAGGUCAACCGGGCAAUGUUCGCUGCUGGAACCGACUACCUGGGCUAUGUACUCAAGCCAGAAGAGCUCCGCCACGCCAAACAUCUACCCAUCGCGGACACAUUGCCGGAUGCCAAUGGUAGACGGGACAAGAAAGGCAAGAAAGUUGUGCGCUUUGCUGUCGAUGUCAUCUCCGCGCAACGACUUCCACGACCACGCGAGGUCAACGCAGAUGCUGGCAUGAAUCCGUACAUCGAGUUCGAGAUGUAUGCUGCAGAUGAUAAAGCGCAAGGCAAUGCGACUGGCGAAGGAGGUACGGAUGCAUCGGCACCAGAUGGCAGCUCUGGAGUGGGCUCGCCACUACGCAAGCGGACUAAGAUAGUCUUUGGCAACGGGUUUGAUCCAUCUUUCGACGAAUCGAUGACCAUGUCUGUCACUACUAAGCAUCCUAGCUUGAUCUUUGUACGUUGGACCGUAUGGCAUCAGCCCGACGGACGCCGGACCGGCUCGAAUCCUGUGCAACUCGCGACUUUUACAGCAAAGCUCAGCAGCCUGCAGCAGGGGUAUCGUCAUCUGCCGUUGUACAAUCAGCAAGGCGACAAAUAUCAGGAGGCAAAGCUUUUCGUGAAGAUCAGGAAGGAGACACCUGUCUCCGCACACGACGAAGAUCCGGCAUAUGGCAUCAUGGAACCCUCUGCUUCACCGCGCGUGGAGCCCAUCAGAGCCGAUCGAUCGUGGCCAAGACGUAUCUUCAGCCGCAAUCCGAGCGAACGACGACGAGCGGGGAGCGAACAGGAUCAGAGAGCAGUUCUGAGCAGGACCUCGAGCAUGGACCGCGAAUCCGCUCGACAAUGA